AUGAAGCUGCUUCUCGCCGUUACCACACUCAUUGCUGUGUCGGCUGCUGCGAAAUACGCUCCGGGUCAAGACUGCCGCACCAACAUAGGAUGUAAUCAGAAUUGUCUGGGAGGCAAAUGGAGCGUCGUGAUGGAGGCAGGCGAUGUGAGGAUGGUUUGCGAUCCUAGCUCUCUUGAUUCAACUCGUUAUGUUAGAGCCAGGUGUUUGGGCUCUGAAAAAGAAGAAGGCCUGGCCGCCAAAAAGGAAAAGGCUGUUUGCGACAGCAUCAAAGGAAAAUUUUGCAAUAAAGAUUGCUUUCUGACAACUCCAGCAUCAAAGGAGGAGGAUAUAACGGGUCGCUACGAGAAGGUAUGCGCUGAACAGAAAGGCGCACUAGGGCACUCAUAUUUGGGGCACGUACUUGUAUAUCCUACCAAGGAAUUGGCCGUCAAGAGCAAUAGCAAAUGUGAUACCUCGGUCUUCUCCUAA